UUCGUCUUCCUUUUCACAAUGGGAAGUCUUCUCAAUUUGCCCGCGGAAAUUCUCCUCUUCAUCAUCGGAUUCUUUGAGUCAGCUGAAGACUGGCCAGUCCUUCUCUCCCUUUGCCUAACCUCCCGCCAGCUCCUCCAUAUUGGAGGAACUUGGGGCCAGAUGAAUAUCAUUCAGGCAGACACCUUAUCCCUCUUCUUAAGUUCCUCGUGCCUCGAAUAUUUUUCCCUUUCCCUCCUUGAUGUACAAGGCGCUGGUGACUCAGGCUUCAUGCACUCAUCGCAGUCCCUCAACAUUGCUUCAGUCUCCCUUACUCGGAUGUGUAUAGAUACGGACAUUCUGACAACUCUCAUAUACGCAUGCAAGGGUCUCAAAACAUUGAUCUACGAGAUUGAUUCUGACACUCCAAAUCUUGUUGAACCUUCAGACCUCGCUGCCAUCCUCAAUUCACAAAGUGAAACCCUUGAAUCUAUCAUUGUUGAUCUUGGUCUGUGGGAGUGGGGGCUACACUGGGACGACUAUCCGAAGAUUGAGUCCUUCGCCUUGUUCACCAACCUCCAGCACCUAGAGAUCGAACAGUGCCUCUUGACCGACAACCCAGAAUUACCCGACUCACUGAGGCAUCUGGUCAUUCGUGCCUGUGAACAUCCUGUGGCAAGAUUGUUGACAAAUUUGGCAAAACGCAGCUUCGACAGCCUAGAUUCUCUCGCGUUGGUCGUCUUACAGCCUCAGUCAUCACCACCUAAUGGAAUGUUCGGUCUCUCGGAAAGAUUCGACAGUGAUGAAGAUGUACAUUCAAACAUCCUGUAUCGGUUCGCAUUCAGACGAGCCUGCAAGCGAGUAAGGAAAAUAGUUCGCGAGGCAUGCUUCGACUUUGAUAUACGGUGCGAAGAAUGGGUUUUAUUUGAGGAAGGUCUCCUUUGAGUGGAUCUAUGAAGUGAUCUUACGGCUGAAACAAACACGAGGACAAAUUGCACUUUUCAACAAGCGCGAAAGCAGCGCAAAGAUAUUGCGGGUUGUUGAUUUUGUGCUUUUGCGUGAAAAUUCAAUGUUGACAUUUGCUUUGUAGGUUGUUUAAGCAGGCUGAACUGGCCCUAGGACGGGAAGGGAUCUCAUCUUAGUUACAAUGGUGCCUCUUCAAAAUUUGUUGCAAAAGCGAGUAGAAUAUAUGGAAA